GCUGCACAAAAAGCAGGAAGCAGACAGAGCCCCGUGUGCGGUUAGCUCGGAGCUAAAGCUAAAAACACUUUGUUAAAAUGUCCAAAGGCCAAACGCUGAGAGCUUUGGUGAAUGAGCGGCUGACUGCGGCUGCUGAAGAGAUCUUUGCGCUGUUUGAAAGAACGAUAGCGGAGUAUGAGGAGGAACUGUGUCGCUCCAAAGAGGAGAACCAGAGGAACCAGGACACUCCACAGACUCCACGGAUUAAAGAGGAGCCAGAGGAGCAGAGCGUCAAACAGGAGGAAGACACGCUCCCAGCACAGGUCCCAGUGGGCCUCCCAGAGUUCAAUGUUGUCUGUGUGAAGACAGAAGAGUCCUCACUGUCCCACCAACAUAGACAAACUGAGCACAAAGAGGAAACACAGGAAGAGGACAUCAGCACAGAGCCACAUUUACACUCCGAGACUAAGGGACACAUGGAGCACUCCUCUGACAAGGGAGAUGAUAAAGACUGGAGAGCUCCAUUCAGCUGUUCAGCUGCACAGAUGGAGACAAAGGCUGAUGGAGACCACUGCAACCAAGUCCAGAAAGGCCAAACGCUGAGAGCUUUGGUGAACGAGCGGCUGACUGCAGCUGCUGAAGAGAUCUUUACGCUGUUUGAAAGAACGAUAUCGGAGUAUGAGGAGGAACUGUGUCACUCCAAAGAGGAGAACCAGAGGAACCAGGACACACAGACUCCACGGAUUAAAGAGGAGCCAGAGGAGCAGAGCGUCAAACAGGAGGAAGACACGCUCCCAGCACAGCUCCCAGUGGGCGUCCCAGAGUCCAGUGCUGUCUGUGUGAAGACAGAAGAGUCCUCACUGCUUCAACAUAGACUAACUGAGCACAGAGAGGAAACACAGGGAGAGGACAUCAGCACAGAGCCACAUUUACACUCAGAGACUGAGGGACACACGGAGCACUCCUCUGACACUGACAAUGAUGAAGACUGGAGAGCUCCAAUCAGCUGUUCAGCUGCACGGAUGGAGACAGAGGCUGAUGGAGACCAGUGCAACCAAGUCCAGAUCAGAGCCAGAAGCACCGCUGCACCAAACUCAGGUCUAUCCCCCAAAUACAAGUCUGCACCAGAGACCAGUGCCUCUGUGAACUAUGGAGACAUGUCAGGAACAGCCCAAGGAGCUGAUAAGAAGAAACACCAGUGCCCUUUUUGUCAGAAGAGGUUUCAGAAGUUAGCAGUAUUACGAGAUCACAUUAGAAUUCACACAGGAGAGAGACCAUUCAGCUGCUCAACAUGUGAGAAGACAUUUUCUCAAAAGGCCCAUCUACAUGAACAUGUAAGGUUACACACUGGUGAACGACCUUACAGCUGUUCAGCAUGUGAGAAAACAUUUGCCACAAAGUCUAAUCUAUGUAAACAUGAGAGAACGCACACUGGUGAGAGACCUUAUAGCUGUUCAAUGUGUGAGAAGCCAUUUUCCCAAAAGUGUAGUCUAGAUGCACAUAUGAGAGUACACACAGGAGAGAGACCAUUCCGCUGCUCAACAUGUGAGAAGACAUUUUCUCAAAGGGCACAUCUACGUGAACAUGUCAAGAUACACACCGGUGAACGACCUUACAGCUGUUCAACAUGUGAGAAGACAUUUACCAUGAAGUGUAGUCUAGAUGCACAUAUGAGAGUACACACAGGACAUAAACCAUUCAGCUGUUUAACAUGUGAGAAGACAUUUGCCACAAGGUCUUGUCUACGUAAACACGAGAGAACGCACACUGGUGAGAAACCUUACAGCUGCUCCAAUUGUGAUAAAGGGUUUUCACAAAGAUCUGAUUUGAAGAGACACAUGAGAACUCACAGAACAGAAACUGACUGAAGGCUAAUUGGUUAUGUUCAUGAGGUGUUCUAAAGAGCCUAGAAUUUUGUGUUGGAGUCUUGCUGACUUGCCCCCCUCGCACAUUUGUGCUCGGGCCCUAAUGAAGCAGCAAACACACAAAACUCAAGUGCAGUAAAAGGAUAUCAAUUACAUUUUAAAUAAAAUGUUGAGCGUGGAAAUGGUGAUUUUUUUUUCCAACAAAAUGUUUAUUUUUGUAGUUUACCAACAGUCUAUUAACCUUCUCCAAAUUAACAACUCCUUUGAUGUUUUCCAGUCAGGUUUUAGACCCCACCACAGCACUGAGACUGCUCUUACCAAGGUGACAUAUGAUAUCCCCCUGAACAAUGAUGCAGGUAAAGUCUCAGUCUUGAUCCUGUUAGAUCUGAGCGCUGCCUUUGACACUGUGGAUCAUGGAGACUAGAGGACUGGGUGGACAUCUGUGGUUGGACUUUAAUGCCCUAUCUAGAAAACAGGGAGUACUUUGUUGAAAUUGGAUAAUGUGUCUCAGAUAAAAUGUCCCUGACCUGUGGGGUGCCCCAGGGCUCAAUCCUGGGACCACUGUUGUUCAAACUCUACAUGCUGCCAUAAGGCCAGUUAAUACACAGCAAUAAUGUGUCCUACCACAACUCUGCAGAUGACACUCAGAUCUAUGUCUCACUGCAGCAGGUGAAUAUGGACCAGUGGAUUCACUCUGCCACUGCAUCCAACAGAUCAGUGUGUGGAUGCAAAACAACUUUCUCUAUGCUUCUGUGGGCCAAAGUCUGAGUUUAGUUGGAGAAAGUGUUAGCAGUCACCUCCAGUAUCUCUUUCUAAAACCUUCAAAUCAGGUUAGGAAUCUAGAGGUAAUAAUGGACUCAGACUAAAAAUGUGGCAAAAUCAAAGGUAAACUGUCAAAACCAGACUUAGAGAGACUUAUCCUACAUUUGUCUCCAGUAGGUUAGACUACUGUAACGUCCUGCUCACUAGCCUCUCCAAACGAGCCUUAAGACAGAACAGUACAUCCAGAACACUGCUGCUUCUGUCCUGACUAGAAUCAGGAAGUAUGAGCACAUGUGUCCUGUGCUCAGGUCUCUGCUUGUGAAUAAGUCUCUCCAUGGAUCAGCACCAAAGAACAUCUCCCACAUGUUAGAGCCAGAGGAACCAUCUCACACUCUGAGGACUAAACCAGGACUAAACAUGGGGAAUCAGCAUUUCAGUUUUGUGCAGUUAAAACCUGGAACAGUCUUCCUGAAGAUGUGAGACAGGCCUCUACUUUGACAAUGUUGAAAUCCAGGCUCCAAACACUUCUCUUUAUCUGUGCAUAUGACUGAAAGGUUCUUAUUCUGCUUUUUCUCUUUUAAUGUUCAUCCCGUGAUGAUUACUUGUGAUUAUUUAUGUUUCGAUUUGUUGUGUUGUGAUUGUAAUGUCUUUCUUAUUCUGUAAAGCACUUUGAAUUACUUUGUGUACCAAUUGUGUUACACAAAUAAAAUUUCCUUGCCUUGGAUAUUCAUUAGCAGGUAGCCGGUUAGCACGUAGCUGGUUAGCCUCCUCAAUAUAUUUUAACUCUUAAUAUUAUAUUUUUUUCUAAAAGUCUAUGGGAAAAAUGGAUGUGGGAGAUUUGUCCCUCCCCUGGGACUCAGUGUGAUCUGAGCUCUAUUCUCGAGCUUGUGGAGGGUCCAAGACGUUUUCUUCUUGUCCCCUCGGCUGCAGCCGUCUGCUCUCACCAGCAGUCCAGACGAGGACCUCUCCUACUGUGUUCUUUCAAUAGAUCCAUGGGACCUAUUCUUUGCUAUUGGCCUCUUCAGAGUGGCUUUUUUUUUUUCAAGUGGCAGAUUUUCAUGUUUUUAAGUUUUUGUUUUUGUAGCUACUUUUUAACACAGUGAGGUUUUUUAGAAGGCUGAUGAAAAUGUACAUUUUCUAAGCUCUGAGGCCUCAAAUGCAGGACAUUUAUUUCUCUUAAAAGUCCAUUUUGCACAACACGUCUUUAUAUUCCUCUUUAUUGAACAAUUAUUCCUGUUUCUUCCAUUUUUUAAUAAAGUUUUUUUUUGAGU